CUCGGGUACUGCCCACUUUCAUGUUGUCCACCUGAUCCCAUUCACCUCUCUUGCUUGUUUGCCUGUUUUUGUUGUUUGGGCGUGAUACAAUAUUCCUCGAAAUCGAAUACCUAUGCACAACCUAGAAAUCUCAAGUAUAUCCCAUCACCCUCCUCACCAUGGCGCGAAGACUUUCCGCCAUCUUCACCAACUCCUUCCAGUCUGAGGACAAGAAGAACACGGCACCGAGCUCGAGUACAUCGCCGCGACGAACAUCUCCUCCCAAUGCGAACCGAUCGAAAUCGCCCAGCAAGCUGUCGAAGCAGGUGCCACAAAACGAACACUCUCGAAAGCCCUCUGGGGCAUUUUUGACAGCCGACAAUGCCGCCCCUCCUACGCUCCCCAGCUUGCAGAGUCUACAGGAUGACUUUGCGGCCAUGGGCACAGAUCGCGAUCUCAUGCCACCGCCGCCCUUGAAUGCAGGCUCACAUUCGAGGUCGAAUUCAGCCAAUUCGAGACCGGGCACACCCGGAGGCCUGAACCCGAGCAGACCUGCUACACCAAUAAUACAACUGCCUGGGCAGUCGCCGAUAGAUGACAAGAAAAAGAGCAAGCACUGGUGGAAUAAGAAGGAUGACAAAAAUGAGGCAUCGAAGGGUCCUAUAGCAUGGAUCUCGGGACAUCCUCAAAAGAUUCCGUACGAUGUCGAGUCUCUAAUAAACGCGCAGCCUCUUCCAGAGCUCUGGAACAAUGACGAAGGCAACUGCUUCGUAUAUUUCUACCCGCGCACCUCGGGCAAAGGAGCAUCGUUGAAGGUGGAUUCACAAAUUUUCGCUUCUUCGCCAAUGCUUACCAAGCUCGCAUUUGGCGACAUCUAUAGUAGCCAAAGUGUGGUAAAUGGCGAUAGAAGGGCCAUGCAGCUGGAAGAGCAUGCUCCGCACGCGCCGCCCGCCGACUCGCUGACAUCUCCUACGGGCGUCACGCGAAAGCCAGUAGGCGGCACGGUGCAUGGUUCGAGCUCGACGUCUUCACGCGACUCUCGAGGUGGUUACUCCAAUUUCUCAGAGCCUCAGGAAAGCCAUCUGUACCUACCUAUCAAGCUGAGUACGGAUGACACAACUCAGCCCGGCACAGGGAAGGCAAGCACAGAAGACGUGCAGACUCUGAUCGAUUAUCGCAACUUCUUUGCCUUCCUUUCCGGACAAUCUUUGGUUGCGACCGAGAGGCGAAGCUCAUUCUUUGGAAUUUUCAUGACCAUCGCAGGUAUCUUAAAGUCCUACCAAUUCACGAAUGUGGAUGGAUCGACAUACGGAGAGGUAGCGAACUCUAGCUUCGAUGCGUACGUUGAGGAACUAGGACUUGGAGACUGCCGAUCGAGUCGCGAGAAGACCAUCGAAGGGCUUGUCCUCGGUGAGCGUAUGAAGAACGUAUCCCUGUACAACGAGGCUUUCACACACGCCGCUGGAAAGCAUCAGGAUCUGCUGGCCCUCAAAAGUCCGAAGUUCAACAUGAUCAGUCCUAUCACGCAAAAUCGACUGACGCGUGCGGCGAUGGAUCUCGACAAACGUUUGGCAGCUAUCCGCCUUAUCAUGACCGAUUUCGACUUUCCUUUCCUGUUCUCCGGCAUCAUGGCCUCAAAGACGUCCAUCGAACGGAAAGAAGGUGUACGCUUCGACGCUUGGAAAGAGCACUUUUUGGGGAUGCGAAAGUUCAUGCUUGGUCUCCUGAAGCAGCGUUAUGGCGACUGGCCUCCAAAGGCAAGCAGCAAGAAGAAUACUCUCGAGACAUCUGGUCUCAAUCGCCUGGUACUUCGAGAUGUCUAUCAUGACUUGUCUUCCAUGUACGACUUGCUUGUAGACCGCAACAGCCUGACUUCGAGGACCAUCGACGGUAUCAAUAUGGAUGACUCGCGGGAUGAGGCUGUGAUUCGUGGACUGAGGGCAGUGCUGUCAGAAUACGACCGCUCAACACCACCCGUAAAGCCACCGAUUCCUUUUGAUCUUCCAAAACUCCCUACACUGCGAAGCUCGAGGAAAGAUUUCGGCGCCGAUUCCAAGAAAGACGCCAAAGCAUUACUGAAGAAGCUCAAGGAUGAUGAGAUUCACCAAAUUCUCCGAGCGAGCUGGAACGACGAUGCACUUGUCACGCCAUUUGUGGACGCAUUCCGUGAGAUGGAGAAGAGAGCGGCGCAUGGCUGCACGGCUUCUGAGCUCGAAGAUCUUCGCAUUGGACAGUGGAUCUUCAUGUACACAGUGUUGCAAGCUUUGCCAAUGUUAGCAUGUGACGCGCCAAGUUUGAAGUGGACGAAAGGCGUGGAGUAUUUCUUGUGCGAACCGCCUCGAUCUGGCGUGCCAUGGGCGGAUCCGAAUGCUGCAGGUGGGCGUGUUGGGAGCAGAACGUGGUUUUCAGUGGGCGCUGGCGGAGGUGUGGUUUCCCUUCCUUCGGACCUGAUUGAUCAUGGUGUGGAGGGCAUAUACAAGAGAAGUCACUGUUGGGUCAUGGCGGAGCGAUGGUGCGCAGCGAAUCCAAUCCUGAGCGCCGCAUUGCACGAACAGACGAACAGUACGGCGCAGCAUGAUGCUCAGGGCCUACCAGCACCACCAUCUGGAAAUGAUCUGCUUCGUCCGAAUAGCCAGACGAGCAGUCGCGGCAGCAAGAGGCUAUCAACUCUUGGCCUCGGCUUAGAGGCACUUCCGCUGCCGGCUGGAGUCACGCCUGAUGGCAGUUACCCGAGUCCUGCAGUGUCCGAAAGACCACGGACGCCAGUGCACUCGGUCGACGCAUCGAAAACCUUCGAUGCAAUCCUAGGCGGCUCUCCAGCGACCAAUGCGAAGAGUGGAAAGGACAAGAAGAAAAAGUGAGAUGAGAUGCACAUACUGUAUGCCGUAAGAUCCAAAAAAAUAAUGACCGAGACUCAAACAUUGGGAGCACUCUUGUGUAGACAGGCCACAUUGUCUCACCUCACCUCGCAGAGGUAGAUGUCUUGGCAUAAAGCAGAUUCCGACUGAACACGAGAAGAACUGAUGAAGCCAAGAUUGUGUAAUUUGGGACAAUCCCAUGAUCGCUGCAUUUACUCGUGCCUCGACUCUUCUCAGAGCACGCACGUGGCGCGGAGAAGCCGGACGGCAUGGCUGUCAAAAGCCAACUCGCCAUUAACUCAGGCACAAAACUAUUCUGGCUCUGCCAAGACCAGGUUUGGUCAAGGGUGGCCUCGAACAACAGUCAUCCUCAUCUGCUGGUACUUUGACUGACUCGUCGCAGAAGCACAACGCUCAACACGAUAUCGUACUUUCGGAAGCAUGGCGAACAUGUUGCGAACACGCCAGUCUGUCUCGCUUCACCACGACUGAAGGCGUUUGCGUGAGCUUUGAGAAAAGGUCCAAAUAUGCAUUGAUCCGGUAUACUUUCUUCAUCCAUGGAAGUUGCGAAGUCAAACAUGUUCAUUAUAGAUUCCAACGUGGGACAUGCCUGCCGAGGCUCUGAGCGUGUCCAAAUGAAACGACAGGAACGACCACUCUCCUCACCACGCCAUCAUCGACUUCCCAUUCCAUACCUUACCUUCUGUCUGGAUUACACUUCUGCAGCAUCAUUCGGCACACUCUUUUGCCAUUUCGGGCGCAAUCAUUGGUAUCAUAAUUCAAACAGCAAAGAGAUCAUGGACUGUUAGCACAUCUUUGACUCAUUGAUCAUCGUUGGACCUUUUGUUCAACUUUCAUUUUCCUCCUUCUGCACAAGCGGUGGAGCAGCACUCAGUGGGAGUCUACUACGGCCGAGAUCAGCCAGGCCACUGAUAGCACCUACUACACGCGGCCGCGUCCACAUCUAGG